AUGGGCUCGUCCUCUGAAGGACCAAACCCACUCCGUCCGUACUAUGUUCCACCCUCCAUCGGUCUGCCCAAGUCUUCCCCCAACACCGUUUCUGGACCGCCAGUUUCCAGCGCGCUCGUUAGCAAGGCGAAUAUUAGAAAUUCGGCGCGGGAGAUCUUCUCUGAAUUUGACUACUCGGAGUACCUGGGGGAGUCAUCCCCGACGAUAUCAGACUCCGUCAAGGAGCUGGUGGAAAAGGCGCUAUGGAGGUACAGCAGCGUGUUGACAGCCCAACCGUUCGAGGUUUCAAAGACUAUUUUGCAGGUAUAUGUUGCGCAUCCUGCGCACGCAGGUAUGACCGAUAGAGACGAUAAGCAGAGGCGUGAUCGAGGGUACCGGGACAAUUACUACGAGGAGGACUCCGCGCCCUCGUCCGAUGACGAGAGCAGCUACUUUACAUCAGAUGCUGCUGGGACGCCUACUCCAUCCUCCCGAAACCGCGGUCACCGGCGUCGUAUCACCGAUAGGGCGGGCUAUAUACCACCAACCUCUACUAAUAAAAACACACUCAAAAUCAAGGAUACCUCAGCGCUAUUUGACGUACUGGCUCAACUAUGGGGCAAUAGUGGCCCUACCUCCCUAUGGAAAGCGACGAACUCAUCAUUCGUGUAUUCCCUACUUCUCCCGACCCUCAAUACUUUUAUCCGGAGUCUUCUAUCUGCGAUCCUCGCUUUUCCAGAUGAAGGCCUCUCUUCUCUUGCCGAGCCUGAUAUCCUCACAUCCUCGUCCCCCGGCUCGUCUUUACUGCUAACCUGCAUUUCCUCUGCACUCUCUGCUAUUCUCCUCUCCCCCAUCGAUACAACCCGCACAUAUCUUAUUCUCACCCCACCAAACCAGGGGCCACGAUCACUCCUUCAUGCUAUCCGUCUCCUUCCUACCCCCAACUACCUAAUACCACCUCAUCUCCUCCCAAUUACAAUUCUAAAUUCGAUGCUUCCUACCUUCCUAACCAGUGCCACCCCGCUUGUCCUCAAAUCUUACCUCUCCCUCGACCCCGUCCUCAACCCCUCAUCGUGGAGCAUCUUCACUUUUUUCGCAUCAUGCCUGGACCUAGCCGUCCGCUUCCCUCUCGAAACCGUGCUCCGCCGUGCGCAAAUAGCCACAUUCACCUCACCAGCCCUACGCCAACAGGGCAGCCUUCUCCCAAGCCCAAGCCCAACUUCCACAACAACGCCGCAUCUGCUCCCCACCAAAAGAAAAUCAUCCACACCCUUAGCGGUCGUUGAAACCAUCGUCCCCACCCCACAAUCCUACCGCGGCAUCAUCGGCACGAUGUGGACCAUAGUUUAUGAAGAAGGCACAAACCCACACACCCUUGAGCUCGAGCAGGUAUAUGCCCACCACGGCGCAGAGCAGUCAUCACGGACGUCAUCAGCGCAGGGAACGGUGGCAAGCCGACGCACACAGAAGCAGCGGCAGGGACAGGGCGUGCAGGGCCUGUAUCGCGGCUGGCGCCUAGGGAUGUGGGCCCUCGUUGGCGUGUGGGGCUCUGGCAUUUUAGGUGCGGUAUUGGGGAUGAGGGAUGAUGAAAUGGAAACGGGCCCUGGAGGUUCUAGGCUGGCGUUGGAGUCUACGGGUGGAAGGGUGGGGAGUGUGUCUGCCAAGGGCGCAUUUUGA